AUGGACAUUGACAUAGGGAAUUAUUUUGAAAAGAGGCUCUAUGAUGACAAAUUCUUAGAUUUCAUCAGGCAUGAUAUCAAGACGCCCAAAAAGACUAAAUAUGUACUACAAAGGUCUACUGCGACGGAUGAAGAGGGUGUACGACUACAAAGAUUUUAUCAAUUAGGAGUAGACCUGAAACUAAAGCAUUCCAAGCGGAAAUCAUUGAAGAAGCAAGGACGGAUCAAAAACGCUACUGAGGAGCUGUUGCAAUUAUCCAAUGAACAAUUGAAACUCUUCAAUAGGAUAGCAGAAAGAGAAACUAACUGGAUAAUCUACCCACUAUGGGUAAUGGCCAAGCAACUAAUCUGUUUGGCAAAUGAAUCAAAUGAACUUAAUAAAGAGUCGAUCGAAGAGUGUGGGCGUACCAUCCACAGAAGUUUUACCAUCUGUCUCAAUGACAGAAACCCAACGCUGAACGAAAACAAGAAAAUUGGCUGUUAUAUGUUUGCUAAUCUUGAAUUUUCCAUCUAUCAUCGGCUGGACAACAAGGAUAUGAUUAAAAACUUGGUAAAGGUGCUCGAGAGCCGAGUAAAUGCCCAGGAUAUCCCUCCUUUGAAUCAAAGUCUAGCAAUGGAACACAAAUCUCAGCUAGUCUUAUAUAAUUACUAUUUGGGUCAAUACUACGGAUGCCUGGAGAACGACCACGAACGCGGGUUCUUUCACCUAAAUGAGGCACUACUGCAAUGCCCGGUGCUAUAUGUGGAAUCCACGGGCAAGUUUGUGUUGCAGCGACAAAUGGAAAAGAUAAUGAUACUAUUGGUGCCGUUUGCGCUCUUGACAAAGCGAUUGUAUCCACGUUGGGAUCAUCCGGUAAUAACUGGUAUAAUUACGGGGAGCAAGCGCUUCAGCCAGGUCUAUCCGAGGUUAGUGCGCAGUGUAAUCACAGGGAACUUGCCGCUGUUUGAUGCCACGGUUGCCAACCACGAAAGGUUCCUCCUUAAGCAAGGUUUGCACGUCGCCAUGACGCUGCUUCGAGAGGUAGUCUUUGUUCGCUUAGUGGAGCGAUGUUGGCAAUGGGGUAAUGACCGGAAAAGCAUCAUGCCCUUGAGUAUCCUUCUGGCAAUGGACUCACAGCUUAAUUCUGCGGAUGAGGAUGAAGAAGAGCAAUUAAACGCCCUGGAGUGCCACCUAGCGAGUGCUAUAGCAAGUGGGCUUGUACGUGCUUACCUUUCUCACUCUAACCGUUGCAUCGUUUUUAGUAAGAAAGAACCCUUUCCCCAAGGGACAAGAUGA